CUCCAACCGAGCUUCUAUUCAUUCCUUCCGGAAACGAUAAUACAUUCCUUCUAUCUCCUAAUCCUAUCAUUCAGAUAUCCAAGACAUUACCAUGAAGUUCACUGGAAUUGCUGCUUCUCUCGCUCUCGCUAGCACUGUCUCGGCCGCUGCCAUCCCGGUUGUCGAAACCACCGUCCAGUCCACCCUCACUCAGCUGACGGGUGUUCUCGGAAAGGUCGACAAUGUUGCUGAUGGUCUUGUUGGCUGCGCUAGCAAUGAUCUCACUGACCUGAAGGACGAACUUUCCACCAUCGAGGGCAAGCUCACCCAGCUGCUUCCCUCCAGCAAGCGCGAUCUCACAAGCACCGUCGGAGGUGUGACUACCCCUGUGGUCGGAAUUGCUGGCGGGGCCGCCAGCACUGUUGGAGGUACUGCUAGCGGAGCCGUUAACGCCGUCGGAAAUGUCGUUGGCGGAGCCGUCAACACUGUCAAGGGUGUCGCUUCGCCGGUGGUUGAAACCGCUGGUGACGCUGUCAACACCGUCGAAAAUGCGGCCUCGCCUGUUGUCAACACUGUUGAGGGUGUCGCAUCGCCCGUUGUUGGCGUAGCUGGCGGAGCCGUCGGCACUGUCAAGGGCGCAGUCGGCGGUGUUGUCAAUGGCGGUGUUUCUGCCAAUGCCGGUGCCGGUGCCAAUGUCAGCUUGAAGCGUGACGUCGAUGACCUCUCCAGCCUUUCCGAGACUCUCGUUGCCAAGAUCCAGAGCGGUGACCUGACCGUCACCGGCCUUGACAACAUCCUGGGUCUCCUCACCGAGGACGGAGGUCUUGCCAACCUUCAGUCCGUCCUCGCUCUUCUGUAAAAGAUGACGUGUUAUACCUUUAUACCCACAACACCUCGCUCAAUGCCUCGAGACGU